UUGCUGUCUACCCAACAGUCUCUCCACUUCCUCUGGCCCCUCUCCGGGCUGGGCUUUGGCUUGCGCCCCCCAGGAUCACUACCAGACUCGCCGGGCUGCAAAGCUCUCGCCCUCUCAGACUCCCGAUCGCCAAACUCCGCUGUCGCCCCUCCUCACUGGCCCCGGGGUCUUGGAUCCCACCUCCCCAUCUCGCCUCUCCCAAGUUCUCGCCCAGGCUCCUGCACCUCCUCCUCACCCACCCCGGGCUCUCGAAUCCCACCUUCCCUCCUCUCCCGCCUCCCCUCCCCACCCCCGCUCUAGCCUCUCCCAAGUUCUCGCCCAGGCUCCUGCCCCCCCCCCCCUUUCUGGUUGGGCUCUCCUCAGGCUUCCCAAAUUUCCGACUUCCCUUCGGGCCCUCCUUUCCCUUCGUACCUUUCCUUAUUUGCGCCCGCCCGCUCCCGUAGCAGGCUUUGGUCCCCUCCCUGUGGACCCGGACAGGGACCUGGGGACCCGAGGCGAAGAAGAUGUCCGGGGUCCGGCGGCGGCCGCGCCCUUGGCUCCUAUGGCUGCUCCUGAGGUCGCUGCUCCCGUCCGAGGUGUGGGCUGGCCAGUCCUGUCCCAGUGGGCUCUUCCCUUGGGGAGCUCUGUGCUGCAACACCUGCCCCCCAGACUGGGGGGCCUCAAAGCCCUGUGGAGAACCUGAUGUGAAGUGUGAACCAUGCCCUUCCAAUGAGACCUUGUCCCCAGAUGGCACUUCCAGGCCCUGCCAGCCAUGUUGCAGCUGCCCCAUCGGACAGUUUCUCAACAGCACCAACCAAUGCCAGCCAUGCAAGGCCUGCCCCCCAGGCAACGAAGCCAGGAUCCCUUGUGGGAAGGACACCGACACUGUGUGUCAGCCCUGUCCCCCAGACACUUAUUCGAAGGAGAGCAGUAUGCAGGAGCCCUGCAAAGCCUGUACCCACUGCAAUCACAGCAAAGUUGUGGUCUUGGCCUGUACCCGCCUCUUUGACACUCUUUGCAUGGAUGAGGAACUGCAUAUCCUGAUCCGUGAUGCAGAAGCCAAGAGCGCAGACUCCAAUGUCUCCUCCACUUUCCCCCUGCCUCCCAGGGAUUCGGGUACCAUCAUCCCCAUCUACUGCUCCCUCCUGGCAGCUGUGGUGGUGGGACUCCUAGCCUACGUUGCUUUUAAGUGCUGGAGAACCCAUAAACAGAAACAAGAGUUGGCAAAAGUUCGGGUUGGGGAACUGGGCAUUGCUGAGGGGGAGAAGCUGCACAGUGACAGUAGUAUCUGCCUGGACACGACAGGACUCCAUGAACUCCAAGCCUUGGGCAAAGGGGCCCAGCCAGACCCGGGCCGGUGGCGUCUCUAUGGACAGCUCCCCAGUGGGCGACAAGAGGAAGUGGAGCAGCUGCUGGUGGCAGGCAGCCCACCCAGAGCAGGCUGGCAGGUCUUGGCUAAGCAGCUGGGCUACGAAGCUGAGGCUGUAGAGACCAUGGGUCAGAGCCCAGCACCUGCUCACACUCUGCUUUGCAAUUGGGCCACUGAGGGCGGGGCAGGAGCCACCCUUGAGGUCUUGGAGACAUCCCUGAGGGCAAUAGGCCGGGAGGAUGUGGCCAGGGCCCUGUGGAGUCCUGAGGAGGGCAAUUCCAUGGUAUGACUCUUGGGCCCUGGAGUUGUCCACCUUGGGCUUCCCUUUCCUUCCUCCAUCUCCCUGCUUCUCUCAGGGAAAUAUGGUUGGCUGCUUUGACUUCAGGGUCCAUCUCCUCUAUACCUCACAUCUAGUCAGGCUCCUAGUUAUCACAGCUCUGCCUGGGAGGAAGGCUCCUGAGGCCCCCCAAGACUGUCCACAAGGCCCAAUGGAUAGGAAUGGGCUUCCGUCCCUACCCCACCGUGGACCUUGAACCUCAAGGCGCUGGAUGGAGUAAAUGGAUGGCCCUCUGGACCUCCUGCCCCAGUUGGAAAGCUUCCAGUUCUUUGAAGUAGGAGUAAGGCUUAAGUGAAGAGGGCUUUCAAACCAGUACAUCAGCACCAGUAUUUGGUCUCAUUUGUUUACAAAUUAAACUUUUAACAUGUCAAAUCUCCUCAAAAUUGUCUGGCCUUUCUAGAAUGGGAAUGAAAGGGGGAAGAGGAAGUGGGGAAAUGUGAUCUUAGAGGGUUGCCCUAAGGACCAGGACACACUGAGAGAUGUCUCUUUCAGCUUUCUUUGACCAACACCAUUCUCCUAGGCUUUCUAUUACCCUUACACAUUCCUCCCCAAACUUAACUGAUCAUGG